AUGGGUGACUUCAAACAUACUAUCGGCCUUCUCAAGGCAUUGCUGGUCCGAAUCCCACUGAUUCUGAAAACGCUCGUCCUUCAUGGGAUUCAAAUGUCCCCCGUAACGGGAAAGCAAGAUAUACGCACGGAACUGACCACGUCCAUCAUUCGCUCCUUCAUGACGUUCAGUGCACCGGUCGACAAGACACAGAAGAACAGCAUGCGCGACCCUGGAAUCAAAGGGCCCAUGUGGGUGUCCAAGGUUACCCUGCCGCAGCCGGAGAUCGAUGUGCGCGAUGCGGUGCUGCGCGCCAUCGACGAUCUCAGGACCGGAGACGAGACCUUUGACAUGCCAGAACUUGCGGCUGUAGAGGCUGAAUGGACCGGAUAUCGCAGUGGAGUCGGGAAGAAGACGCCACAACCGGACCUCUCAGAAGCGGAAAAGUAUCGCGAACUGCGAAAGGAAUCGCCAUCAGAUAUGACCAUCCUGUAUUUUCAUGGCGGGGCCUACUUUCUGAUGGACCCUUGCACGCAUCGCGUACCUGUUGCACACCUUUCCCGCCUGACGGGCGCCCCGGUCUUCUCCGUGCGAUACCGACUCGCGCCACAGAAUCCCUUCCCUGCAGCACUGGUAGAUGCUCUGACAGCAUAUCUGUCACUCAUUCACCCGCCCCCGGGUGCCUUGCACAAGCCUGUCCCCGCAAACAAGAUCGUCAUUGCUGGCGACUCUGCGGGCGGCAAUUUGUCGCUGGUUCUGUUGCAAACACUGCUCACUUUGAAGCGUGCUUCGCAACCAAUUUGCUUUCACGGCAAGAACGUGGACCUUGAGCUACCCGCUGGCGUAGCUACUAUUUCGCCCUGGUGCGACGUCACCCGCUCCAUGCCUUCCAUUAUUAACAAUGCCAAAUUCGACUACCUCGAAAUGAAGGCCGUGCCGUCGGAGGAUCCAGACGAGCCCGCCCCAUUCACACCAUUACCCUUUCCAUCUGGCGCUGCAUGGCCGGUUAGUCCACCUCGCGUGGAUAUGUUUGCCAACGCAAGCAUGGUAAUCCAUCCCCUCGUCUCUCCGCUCGCGACCAAGCCGGAACUCUGGAAAGACGCCCCACCGGUCUUCAUUUCGACAGGUGAAGAAUGUUUGACAGACGAAGACCUAAUCCUGGCACGCCGCAUGCACAAAGCAGGAGUCCCAGUUGUCGCAGAGCAAUUCGAGGGCAUGCCGCACUGCCACGGGUUGCUUAUGAUCUCCACCCCGAGCGGAAAGCGGUUUUUCCAGGGUCUGUCCGAGUUCUGUCGUGAUGCUGUAGCUGGCCGUGUUGCACCAACCGGGCAUUUGACGUGGCUUGGGUUUGGGCUGCAGUCCACUCGCAAGAUCCCGCUGGAGGAAGUAUCUGAGGUCGACGAUGAACGGGCUGAUACUCGCAUGCGUAAGAGUGCGGCCUGGCGGGUACGCGAAGAGGAGGCAUUGCUGAAGGAGUGGCGCGCACAGGCGAAGCUGUGA